AUGCCUUCGACGUUGGAGGGACAGAUCACCAUGGAGAAGACACCCAGCUACUUUGUGACUAGCCACGCCCCCAAGCGCAUCCACACGAUGGCCAGGGACAUCAAGUUAAUCAUCGUGGUCCGCAACCCUGUCACCAGGGCCAUUUCAGACUACACUCAGACUCUGUCCAAAAAACCUGAGAUCCCAACCUUUGAAGUUUUGGCCUUUAAGAACCGGACGCUUGGCCUAAUAGAUGCGUCGUGGAGUGCUCUACGUAUAGGGAUCUACGCACUCCACUUGGAGACGUGGAUGCAGUACUUCCCUCUCGCCCAGAUGCACUUUGUCAGUGGAGAGAGGCUUAUCGUUGAUCCCGCUGGCGAGAUGGGCAAGGUACAGGACUUUCUGGGACUCAAGCGGAUCGUCACGGAUAAACACUUUUACUUCAACAAAACUAAGGGAUUUCCUUGUCUCAAGAAGCCAGAGGACAGCAGCACCCCAAGAUGUCUCGGCAAAUCUAAGGGGAGAACUCACCCUAAAAUUGACCCAGAUGUUAUCAGCCGACUGCACAAGUUCUUCAAACCCUUUAACAUGAUGUUCUACCAAAUGACUGGCCAGAACUUUGAGUGGGAGUUGGAGGGGGGCAGUGACUCUCGGAGCUCUCAGAACUAA